CUCCCCACCUCCCCCUCCCGGGGCCACAGGCGUGCAGCCCCCUCGUCUACACGGCGCCCUCCUGCAGUUUCCCACCAGCCAGCAAAGUAACUUGGAGCAAAGCGGAGCGCAGUGCGAGGGCCCAGGGCAGCGGCGGAGCCGUGCGCAGACUGCCGCGCCGCCGCUGAGCCGGGCCCGGCGGGCCGGUGUAUGUCUCCCCGAGGCCGCGGCGCGCAACUCCCGGUGACUGUGCUGCGUGCGCCGCCGCCUGCCCCGAUCCGCGCUGCCGCUGCCCGGCCAGGUCCGCACCUCCCUCUCCCGGGGUGACCGGCCUGCAGCCGACGCCCGAGACACAGCCUUGCACCCUUUCUCCCGCCCUCUCCACUGCCGCCACACACCCGCUCGCGUCUCUCCAUCUUGUGAUUCUUUUUUCUCCUCGAACCCUUCAGUGGGGGAGCGAGUUUGUCUUUAACCACCCCCUCCAUCCACCGCCUUCUUUUCUUCUCGCUCUCCAACCCCUCCCGAGCUUGGUGUGUUCCUCUUUUCCUUUCUCGCCUCCCCACCCCCCUUCCCGCUUCGUUUUAUUUAUUCAUAUUUAUUUGGCACCCGCUUUCUUCUUUCUGUCCCUUUCCCUCCCUCCCUCCGGAUCCCUGCUCUCUUCCCCCGGAGUGGCGCGUCGGGGGCUCCGCCGCUGGCCAGGCGUGAUGGUGCACGUGGAGAUGUUGACGCUGGUGUUUCUGGUGCUCUGGAUGUGUGUGCUCAGCCAGGACCCGGGCUCCAAGACCGUCGCCGACCGCUACGCUGUCUACUGGAACAGCAGCAACCCCAGAUUCCAGAGGGGUGAUUACCACAUUGACGUCUGCAUCAAUGACUACCUGGAUGUUUUCUGCCCUCACUAUGAGGACUCUGUCCCAGAAGAUAAGACGGAGCGCUAUGUCCUCUACAUGGUGAACUUUGAUGGCUACAGUGCUUGUGACCAUACUUCCAAAGGGUUCAAGAGAUGGGAAUGUAACCGGCCUCACUCUCCAAAUGGACCACUGAAGUUCUCAGAAAAGUUCCAGCUCUUCACGCCAUUUUCUCUAGGAUUUGAAUUCAGGCCAGGCCGAGAAUAUUUCUACAUCUCCUCUGCAAUCCCAGAUAAUGGAAGAAGGUCCUGCCUAAAGCUCAAAGUCUUUGUGAGACCAACAAAUGACACCGUACAUGAGUCAGCCGAGCCAUCCCGCGGAGAGAACGCGGCACAGACACCAAGGAUACCCAGUCGACUUUUGGCAAUCCUACUGUUCUUCCUGGCAAUGCUUUUGACAUUAUAGCACAGUCUCCUCCCGUCACCUGUCACAGAAAAACACCAGGGUCUUGGAACACCAGAGAUCCACCUAACUGCUCAUCCUAAGAAGGGAUUUGUUAUUGGUUUUUGGCAGAUGUCAGAUUUUUUUUUUGUUGUUUUCUUUCUUUCAGCCUGAAUUCUAAGCAACAACUUGGAGGGGGGUAGUGGCUAAACUAGAUGCCACCUCCUUCACCACACCCCACCCCACCCCUAUCCCUGGCCUUUGACUUUUCUCACCCCUUCCAAAUUAAAUGGACUCCAGAUGCAAAUGCCAAAUUGUCUUAGUGACACCAGUGGGUUCUUCAGCUCCUGUGCAUUCUCCUCUAAGAGCUCAGCUCCGUUGGUGCACUGUGCCAGCGGCGUAUGGACAUGGAAGCGUAGUGGCAGAUGUGGCCAAUGAUGGCCAAGCCCGGGAGGGUUUCACUCUCCUAUACAAUAUUUAUGCCUUCUCAUUCAGGACUGCAAGAUGAUCAUACAGGGCAUCAUGUCACCAUGUCAGGUCCAGAGGGGAGGUAUUAAGAAUAGACACAAUAUUACACCAUUUCCUCUAGGAGCAUAUAGAUGAACAGGCUUCUGAAAGGUUGAGACACUGGUUUUAUUUUAUUUUAUUUUUUAAAAUAUGACUGUCUUAAAGCAUUCUGGACAGUGAAAUGUGUGAUCUGCAAAAGAAGCCUUGUUAUUUUUUUCCCCCAGGAGGCAGGAAGGGUACAGGAAUGCUAACCCAGAGCAAGUGUGAAAUAAAGAACACUAUCUGUUCAGUGGAGGUGGGUAUGUGUGAGUGCCUCUAUUUUGUUAGUGACUGGGCAGUACACACCAGAUUUUUUUUUUUCCUUUUGAAUACAGAUCACCAUGGUGCUACAAUUUUUUUUUCUUCUUAGGAAUUCAAAGAGGCAUUUUUUUUUUAAUAAAUAAAGUGACCUUCCCCAAGGCUGACAAGCCAGGUUUGAUGAGUCCAGAGUGGAAUAGCUUUGGCUGCUCCUCUGGGGGCAACAGGUACCAAGAAAAGGAUGUCAAUGGACAGAGGAGAAGUGAUUUGGCUUUGCUGGAGCUCCAGUGUGCCGUGGCCUUUCCCCUACUCCCAUCCCAAUGCUCACAUUUUGCUCUACACUCCGUGAUCACAGGGGACUUAGACACAAACCCCUGUUCCCAGGAGAGUCAGUCAGCACUACGUGGGAGGGUGAAAGGGAAAUUUGGAAUAAAAAAUUCCAAAGCUUGGAAUAAAAAAAAAAAAAUUCAAGUGUUGAUUUUAUAUUCUUUCCCUUUCUGACACAGCCUGAAGCGUAGAGGGAACGUGUGUUUAUCUGUGGGAGAUAAACAAGAUGGAGUCCCAAAGACUUUAACAAAAUAUUUUUUUAAAAAUCCACUAGAAUAGAAAAUACAUUAUUUAGAUAUACUUUAUGCUGAGAGUGAGUAUAUAUGCUUGUCCUAUUUAAACUUGUGAGAAAAAGUGGUAUCCCUUGAUACAUUUAGAACUAUGGGGUGGGGAGGGGCUAUCUUGUUUCAUUGUAGGGUGGGGCAGAAGGAGAAGAAACACAGGAUGACCCUGUUUAAAGAAUCUUAGCAUGGCCAACAAGGGACAUUUCCAGUUGAUUACAGGAAAUGCAGGCCCUGGGGUUUCUGAGUGGAGCUCUCAUGAACUUGAAUAUCCAAAGCCUAGACGUGGGAAAGUGUCAGAACAGUGGGAGCAAAAGCAGUCUAGCCUUUUUCAUUUCUAUUGCAGCAGGACAAUAGAAACCAUGCCUUUCAACAUAAGUCAACAAAUGCAAGGGUCAUGUUAAAUAUGAAAAUGGAAAGCAUUCCAACAGAAAUAAAGGGUUUUAUAUAUUCACUUUUUUAAAAAGAUAUAUAUGUAAACAAAAAAUGAAAGGGGGAUCAUAUUAUGGACAGACUUCAUAAAUGGGAAUUUGCUUAGAAUUGUGCAGUUUCGAAUUAGAAAAAUAUGUGAAUGAAGGCGGCUGUCAAUGUACUGCACCCAGGAGAGUUAUACACAUAUUGAAAUGUAAUCUGGGCUUAUCUGAUAUAUUUAGAGUGGACAUGAAUACUGAGUCUGCUCUCACUGAGAACCAAGUCAGUGGGGCUGCCAGGCUGGAGGGUACGAGCAUCUCUCUUCCACCAACAUCAAUGACUUCUCCAGAGUGGCAGAGUCUUAUCACAGAAGGCACCCACCAUUUCACUGAAACAAAAGUUCAUAGCAUUUGAUUCCUUUUUGAUUUAUUUAUAUGCUCAGUACUCUCAGUAUUAUCCAGAAAUACAAUUUUUUUAAAUUAAUAGUUACAGGCUUUUUGGUCCAAUGGGAUUUGAGUAGAGGGGGAAAAAAAUCACCUUGUAAAAUGGAUCAGUAGUCAGAACCAAAAUUAUAUUGCAUGUUCUAUAAUCAAGGAAAUCAAAUGAUCCCAUAAUGAUUUCUGGUAGUCAUAACAUUAGCAGUACUAAUUUCAUUUUAGAAAUGGUGACUUCUGUGGGUUUUUUUUUCCCUAGCAUUUGUCUAACAAAUGAUAAAGUAAUUACUCAUGGCCCUCUCUGCCAUCAUUGUCUUUAAUUUUUCACAGUGAAAUUAGACCCUUUUACAUCACUAUUGCACCAUUGCAAAUUAAGUUUAAAAAAUAGCAAAACUGUCCACACCAGUAGACAAUAUGCUUCUCUACCUAUAAGUGACAUAAUCAUAGCUUCUUCACUUGCUGUGGAGUUUUCAAGAAGAUGAUCGGCAUCAGUUUUCAUCUUGUCCAAAAAGCGCUGGUGGCCUUUUGUGGUGAUGUUAACAAUCCUCUGGGGACUUAGGAGGAUGUCGAUGCAACUUUGUAGCAGAUUUAAUUUCAAGAACAAUUCAGAAUCAUGCAAGGCAGCCAUAGUGCCCCUCAGCCCCAGUUGGUCAAACCCCAGCGACCUUUGCCCCUGGUUGCCAAGGGCUUGCAACAUGAAGCAGGGAAAUAAGGAUCUGUUUAGUGGAUACCGUGUAUCCUGUAAUAGACCAGGUAACCGUUCGUGUUAGUUUAGACUAUUGUUUUGUACUGUACUUUCUUGGGUGGCAGAGGAAAGAAAAGUUAAAACAAAAAAAAACUGCGUUCUUUAAUUCUGUAUUAUUAGCAACCUCUGUUGUAUAUAGUGUUUGAUAAUAAAGUAUUAAUUUGA